AUAGGACCCUGCAUCAUGAUACUGACUCUGCGCCUCUUGCCGGUAAUUCGGGUUCAUUUACGUCACCGGUCGCAGGUGAAAUCUGCUACGUAGCCGCGUUCGACAACUACCUACGGGUUUGACGUGUACCUUGUCCUUUUACCGUCACAAGUUCAACCUGAACUUCCAUCUUCUGGCCCAGAAUGACAGUAACGACCAUAGCUUUUCCAGACAAGGUCAACUACAAUAUCCAAUCCAUCGCUGUUCCUGGCACCAAACGCCCUGGUCAAACUGCCCACUAUCGGAAUGCAAUUUAUGGUCUUGUGGACGUCAACGCCCUGCCAACACUUCCUGAUAUUUUUGACAACGGUUACAACAUCAAUCCGGACUCUAGACUCCUCGGUCACCGUCCGUUAGUAUCAACCAAUCCGCUCAAAUUCGGCCCUUAUGUGUGGCAGACGUACAAGCAGGUGGAUGGUCGCAGGCGUCGCAUCGGCAGUGCUCUGCACAGGUUAUUCUCACGAGGUGAACUUCAGGGCGAGGACCUCGAAACCGUUGGUAUAUGGGCACAGAACAGGCCAGAAUGGCAACUUGUUGAAUUUGCUCUGCACGCGUAUAACAAAGUUGGGGUUGGUCUCUACGAUACCCUUGGCAAGGAUUCUGUAGAAUAUAUUAUCAAUCAUGCGCAUCUUAGCAUCAUCUUCACCACGGCUGAUCAUAUACCUGCGCUAUUGAAACUAGCUCCUAAAGUCAAAGUCUUGAAAAUGAUCGUGUCCUUUGACGGUUUGAGUCCAGACGCCCACAAAGCCUUUGUGGCUUGGGGGGAGACCGUCGGUGUGCAGGUUAAAGAAUUUUCAGAUCUUGAAAAGUAUGGUGAAGAGCACUUGAUACCGACAUUACCCGUUUCAGCCGACACUGUCGCAUCACUAUGCUAUACUUCAGGCACCACGAGCCAACCCAAAGGUGUAAUACUUACUCACGGGAAUCUCGCAUCGUCCGCAUAUUCCAACAUGUUUGGUAUGGACUAUCCUCAAAAUAACAGUGUUCUCUCUUACUUGCCGUUGGCUCAUAUCUAUGAGCGUGUUGUCGAACUCACAACCAUAGCCAUCGGUGGAUGCAUCGGAUUUUCCACUGGCGAUCCCCUGCGUCUCCUUGAGGAUGCGCAGAUGCUGAAGCCUCACUUCUUCCCAGCUGUACCUCGUGUAUUGAACAGAGUCUAUCAGUCUGCCAUGGCUGCUGGCAAUGUCCCUGGACUGAAGGGCGCUCUCUUCCGGGCAGCUGUGCGGUCGAAACUCGACCAGUAUCAUACCACGGGUGUCAGCACUCAUCCAUUCUGGGAUGCACUUGUCUUCCGGAAGAUUCGUGCUGUGCUUGGCGGAAACUUGCUCCUUGUUAGCACUGGCUCUGCACCUAUCAGCGCCGAGGUCAUCGAUUUCCUGAAGAUUGCACUCUUCUGCGAAGUUACAGAAGGUUACGGAAUGACCGAGAACUGUGGUGUCUGUACACAUACGAUCAAGGCGGACCCUGACUGUGGAGGAACCAUUGGUCCUCCCCAGCCCGUGAACGAAUUGAAAUUGGUCGACGUGACUUCCAUGAACUACACGGCCGAGGACAAGCCCAACCCUCGAGGCGAACUCUGUGUCCGCGGUCCCAAUUGUUUCUCCAGAUAUUACAAGGACGAGAAAAAUACCCGUGAGACCUUGAACGACGGUUGGAUCCAUACCGGCGAUGUUGCUGAGGUUGACGCGCAAGGUCGAUUCAAGAUCAUUGACCGUGUCAAAAAUAUUAUGAAACUGUCACAAGGCGAAUACGUUGCUCUCGAGAAAGUCGAGAACAUGUAUGCGGCAUGCCCACUCGUGCAGCAGAUCUUUGUCCAUGGCGAUUCUAUGCAAUCGUACCUGCUGGCUGUGCUCGUCCCGGAGCCAGAGGCCCUGGCUCCAUUAGUGUCCACGGUUCUCGGCGAGAAGGUUACAGGUGAUAACAUUCCAGCACUGGAGAAAGCUAUCAAGGACCCCCGAGUCGUAGCUCAGGUCCUUACUGUUCUAAACAAAGAGGCGGUGAAAAAUCGCCUGACUGGAUUUGAGACGAUCAAGCGUAUCCACAUUAGCUUGCAUCCGUUUUCCAUCGAGGAUAAUACCUUGACUCCGACCCUAAAGCUCCGCCGCAAGGACGCAUAUGCGAAAUAUACAGCGGAGUUGCAGGCCCUGUAUGCACUUGGAGAGCCAAACAGCAGCUCCAGUAAGCUUUAGGUGAAGUGCCUAAGCACCUCCUUUAAUCCAUCUAUCUAUUGUUUACUGGUCGAUAUACGAUUAUGGUUUAUGUAUUUGGUUACACAAUCAGGGAAUCUCCUCGAAUAUAUUCGGUUUCUGUUUUACGAUAUGGGA